AUGGCGCCAAAAUGGAAAUAUCACUUUCCAGCUCCUUUCUUAGAAGCUAUAUUCAGACACCAGAAAUUCUUCAUAGAAAGAGCUGUCCUCCCUCAACAAAUUUGGACGACUUCGUCGGAGAGUAACCUUCCCGGCGACGGCAUCCGGCGCCGCGAAAUUAUGGAAGCAGUGGAAGAUGAUGUCAUAGUAGAAUUGGAGCAUGUGAAUGUGGAAGACAAUAUGAGCGCAUGUGUGGAUGAAACGAGAGGAGGAGAUGGUGGGAUUGUGCCGCAGGUGGGUAUGAAGUUCAAGGACGAAAAUGAAGUUUACGAGUUCUAUAAGAGAUAUGCAUAUGAGGUUGGUUUCCCAGUCAGGAGAAGAAAUUCAAAGAAAGAUGACGAUGGGGUUUUGCAAUAUGUGACGUUGACAUGUAGUCGUGAAGGACAACGAAGCGGUUGUACGAGCAGCUCUUUGAAGCCGCAACCAACAAUCCAGACAGGUUGUAAAGCCAGGAUCUCUGCAGCUUUUGAUUAUCAAGGUUUCUGGGUAAUUAGAACAGUACACCUCGACCAUAACCAUAAGACAAGUCCUUCGAAGUCAAGGUUGUUUAGAUGCAACCGAGAUAUAAGUGCACAUGUGAAAAGGAAGAUUGAAGUGAAUGACCUGGCAGGGAUUUCGUUGCACAAAAGCUUCAACUCUGCAAUUGUUGAAGCAGGAGGUUAUGAGAAUCUUAGUUGUGUGGAAAAGGACUGUAGGAACUAUAUUGAAAAAGUGAGGCGAUUAAAACUUGGGGAGGGAGAUACAGCAGCAAUACAGUCUUACUUUUCAGAAAUGCAAGCAGAGUGCUUGGGAUUUUACUUUAGCAUUGAUCUGGACGAAGAUUCAAGGUUGAGAAAUGUUUUUUGGGCAGACAAUCGAUGUCGUCAAGCAUAUAAGGAGUUCGGGGACGUUGUGACCUUCGAUACAACGUACCUCACUAAUAAAUAUGAUAUGCCGUUUGCCCCAUUUGUUGGCGUAAAUCACCACGGACAAUCAACGCUUUUUGGUUGUGGUUUGUUAUCAAAUGAGAACACAGAUACUUUUGUUUGGCUAUUUAGGACAUAG